AUGAGAAUAAGCUGUGUGAAGAGUUUGUUUCCAGUCUUGUCUGUCGCUGUGGUGUUUCUCUAUAUGAGCUCUGUCAAGUGGGAAAUCCAAACUCAAGAGAAGCAGCUCCACCAAGUCCAGCAGAACUUCUCGUUACACAGCGCACUUCUGCUCAACAAGUUGGACAAACUGGAGGCUCAUUUAAUAGCCGUGGAAGAGAACAGCCUUAAAGAGAAAAAUGAGAAGAAACCAGCAAAGAAGUUGUUCCCAAACUCAUACCUCUUCAAGCAAUGGACUGUUGAACUUUCUGAGGAUGACCAGAGGAAGGCUGAGGAUCUCUUUCAGAAAUACGGUUAUAAUGCCUUCCUCAGUGACCAGUUGCCUCUGGACCGGGAGCUGCCGGACACUCGAGACCACAGAUGCAUUGGCCGUGAAUACCCCCACAAUCUGCCCACCCUCAGCGUGGUGCUGAUUUAUCUGGAUGAGGCUUUGUCUGUCAUUCAAAGAGCCAUUUGCAGCAUCAUCAACAGAACUCCAGCAGUGUUUAUUCAUAUUUUAUUGCAAUGCUCUUUCUCUUUUAGGGCAGAGCCUCUGCUUGCACGUAUCCAGGCUGAACGUACGCUGGUCCUGAGCCCCGUGUUUGAUAGUGUCAAUUACUAUGACUUGCAAGUGACAAAGUAUUUAGCCUCUGCUCAUGGAUUUGACUGGGCUCUCUGGUGCAUAUACGUGGGAUUCCCACAGAAGUGGUACGAUCAAAACGAUUCUUCACAGCCUGGAAAGAGUCCCUCUGUGAUGGGAAUACUCGUGGUUGAUCGUCUGUUCUUCGGUGAGAUUGGGACUCUGGAUGGAGGGAUGGAGGUGUACGGAGGAGAGAAUGUUGAAUUAGGAAUACGGGUGUGGCUGUGUGGAGGAAGUAUAGAGAUUGUACCCUGCUCUAAAAUUGCUCACAUCGAGAGGGCACACAAACCCUACAUGCCCGAUCUUAGAAAUGUAAUGAAGAGAAAUGCCCUCAGAGUGGCAGAAGUUUGGAUGGAUGAAUACAAAAUAAAUGUGAACAUCGCCUGGGGUCUUCCUAUACAGAACCAUGGGAUAGACAUUGGCGAUGUAUCGGAGAGAAAGAAACUGAGAGAAAAGCUACAUUGCAAACCAUUUAAAUGGUAUCUGGAAAAUGUCUAUCCUGAGUUAAAUCCCAUGCAUUUAUUAGGUUAUGGAGUGCUGAUUAAUGAUCUGCAAACACGUUUAUGUUUGGAUAAAGGACCAUUUGAGGAGAACACUCCCAUUUUAUAUCCUUGUCAUUUCAUGGAAUCACAAAUAUUUUACUAUACAGCAAGUGGUGAGAUAUUUGCGAAUCUCCCUUUGAAAAACAAUAGGAACCGCUGUCUAAUUGAUCCCGGCUCAGGCAGGUUUCCAGAGCUGUCCUGGUGUUCAGACACUGAAAAACAAAAGCACAUGUAUUGGGACUUCAAACAGGGACAGGCUAUACAGAACAGAGAAACCAAACGCUGUCUGGAGAUCAGCGCUGAUCAGACAGGAAAGUAUGAAAAGAAUGUUUUUCUUCAGGACUGCAGAAACCAACACUGGAAGAUACAGAAUAUAAUUCAGGAUUUAUAA